GGAAUCAACAGCCGCCAUCUUGUCGCGGAGCCGGAGCGCGGCGCGAGCGGAGCGGGGCCGGGCCGGGCCGGGCCGGGGCAGCGGGGCCGCCCGCCGGGACACGGGCAGCCGCGCCGAGCGCCGCCGACGGGCAGACGGGCUCGAGGCAGCGAGGCAGAGCCGGCCGGAGCCAGCCGAACGCCGCCGCCGGGACCGGGAGCCGCGGCCGCCGCCGCGCCGCGCUCAUUGUUUUGGGGCGUCUUUUUGGUGUUUUCGGGGUUUUUCCGGAUUUUCGUGGGUUUUUGCUAAUUUUUUUUUUUACCCCUCCCUCCCUCCUUCCUCCUCCUCCUCCCCCCCCCCCCCCUCCCCUACCUCGGCCGCGGUUCAGGCCGCGGGCGGGGGCGGCGGGCGGGGGCCGCCGCGGGGCCGGGGCGAACCCCCCGGCGCGGAGGGGAGGGGACGGGGCGCGGCGGCGGGGCGCGGGCGGGGGGGCGCUAUGCGCCCCGAGUGACUGCCUGAGCCGCCAUCCGGGCACCUCCGCGGCGGCGGCGGCGGCCGGGCGGGGGGAAUAGGCCGGGAGGAGCGAGGCCGGCAGGGAGGGGGCGCUGGGCUCUUCCCCACCCCGCCCCGAACCCUCCUCCCCUGCGGCCUGCUGCGGCGGCGGCGGCCCGGCCCGGGUAUGGGGGAGCGGGGGCCGCCGCCGGUCGGGCACUGAGCGGCGCUGUUGCUCGGCGGUGGGUUCCCCUUUGGAGGAACGGGGAGAGAGCGAGCUUCACCCCCCCACGGGCUCCCCCCCUCGACAAGGAUUACCGGCUCGGCGGCCUCUCCUCGGCCGGCUACCAUGGCGGAGAACUUACUCGACGGGCCGCCCAACCCCAAGCGAGCCAAGCUCAACUCGCCGGGCUUCUCCGCCAGCGAUAGCACAGAUUUUGGAUCUUUGUUUGACUUGGAAAACGAUCUUCCUGAUGAACUGAUCCCCAAUGGCGAGUUGGGCCUUUUAAACAGCAGUGGGAACCUUGUUCCAGAUGCAGCUUCCAAACACAAGCAACUUUCUGAACUUUUAAGGGGAGGCAGCGGCUCUUCCUUAAACCCAGGAAUUGGAAAUGUGAACUCAAAUAGCCCUGUCCAGCAAGGAGUUGGUAGUCAAGUUCAGGGGCAGCCGAACAGUGCUAAUAUUGGUAAUCUGAGUGCUAUGGGUAAGAGUCCUUUAAACCAGGGAGACUCGUCUGCUUCUGGCCUGGCAAAGCAAGCAGCCAGCACCUCUGGACCUACCACACCUGCGUCACAAACUCUGAACUCUCAAGCGCAAAAACAAGUGGGGCUGGUGACAAGCAGCCCUGCAACAUCACAGACUGGACCUGGGAUAUGUAUGAAUACUAAUUUCAGUCAGACACACCAGAGCCUUCUCAACAGUAAUUCUGGUCACAAUUUAAUGAAUCAGCCUCAGCAAGGACAAGGGCAGGUAAUGAAUGGAUCUCUUGGGGCAGCUGGAAGAGGAAGGGGAGCAGGAAUGCAAUAUUCUGCCCCUGCCAUGCAGGGGAAUGCAGGCAGUGUGCUUGCAGAGACUUUAACCCAAGUAUCUCCACAGAUGGCUGGUCACACUGGACUGAACACAGCACAGACAGGAGCAAUGACUAAAAUGGGAAUGACAGGUAACACUAGUCCCUUUGGGCAGCCUUUCAGUCAAACUGGAGGGCAGCAGAUGGGAGCUACAGGAGUGAAUCCUCAGUUACCAAGCAAGCCAGGCAUGGCAAAUAGUUUGUCUCCCUUUCCGGCCGACAUCAAGAGUACUCCUGUCACCAGUGUGCCAAACAUGUCACAGAUGCAAACCCAAGUGCAACAAGUGGGCAUCGUACCGACGCAGGCAAUGGCAACUGGACCAACAGCGGAUCCAGAGAAGCGCAAACUGAUCCAGCAGCAGUUGGUUCUGCUGCUUCAUGCUCACAAAUGUCAGCGGCGUGAGCAAGCCAAUGGGGAGGUGCGGGCAUGUGCCCUCCCGCACUGUCGAACCAUGAAAAACGUCCUCAACCACAUGACACACUGUCAAGCUGGGAAGGCCUGUCAAGUUGCUCAUUGUGCAUCUUCGAGACAAAUCAUCUCCCAUUGGAAGAAUUGUACUCGGCAUGACUGUCCUGUGUGCCUGCCUUUGAAAAAUGCCAGUGACAAAAGAAAUCAACAACCCCUUUUAGGGUCUCCAGCUGGUGGAAUCCAAAAUUCCAUCGGUUCUGUUGGCACAGGCCAGCAGAAUACUCCAUCGCUGAGUAAUCCUAAUCCAAUUGACCCCAGCUCCAUGCAACGAGCCUAUGCUGCUCUUGGACUGCCAUAUGGCAACCAGCCUCAAACACAGUUGCAGCCCCAGGUACAAGGCCAACAGCCGGCACAGCCUCAGGCUCACCAGCAAAUGAGGACCAUUAAUGCAUUGGGAGCCAACCAAAUGAACCUUCCCGCAGGAGGAAUAACAACAGACCAGCAAGCUAGUCUAAUUUCUGAAACUGCGCUUCCAACAUCCCUCGGGACAAAUAACCCACUAAUGAAUGACGGCACAAAUUCUGGCAAUGUUGGAAACCUCAGCUCAAUGCCAACAGCUGCACCUCCUUCUAGUACCGGGGUAAGGAAAGCAUGGCAUGAACAUGUCACUCAGGACCUGCGCAAUCAUUUAGUGCAUAAACUUGUCCAAGCCAUCUUCCCCACUCCUGAUCCGGCAGCACUGAAGGAUCGCCGCAUGGAGAACUUGGUGGCUUAUGCCAGGAAGGUGGAAGGAGAUAUGUAUGAAUCUGCUAAUAGUAGGGAUGAAUACUAUCAUUUAUUAGCAGAGAAAAUCUAUAAGAUCCAGAAGGAGCUAGAAGAGAAACGGAGGUCUCGUCUCCACAAACAAGGGAUGUUGGGGAAUCAGCCAGCCUUACAGAGCGCAGGCCCUCAGCCCCCCGGCAUCCCGCAGGUGGCUGCUGCCAUGGGCCAGGCACAGCCCGUGCGGCCGCCCAAUGGGCCUAUGUCCAUGCCAACUGUGCCUAUAAGUCGUAUGCAGGUUUCUCAAGGAAUGAAUCAGUUUAACCCCAUGUCCAUAGGGAAUGUACAGAUGCCACAAGCACCCAUGGGACCCCGUGCAGCUUCUCCAAUGAACCACCCUGUACAAAUGAACAACAUGGGCGCCGUUCCUGCGAUGGCAAUGUCUCCUUCCCGAAUGCCUCAGCCACAGAACAUGAUGGGAGCUCAUUCCAACAACAUGAUGGGUCAGGCUCCUACCCAGAACCAGUUCCUGCCCCAGAAUCAGUUUCCAGCAUCCACUGGGGCUAUGAAUGUGAACAAUGUGGGCAUGGGUCAAUCAACAGCCCAGGCUGGGGUGGCACAGCAGGGGCAGGUUCCCAGUGCUGCUCUUCCCAACUCCAUGAACAUGCUAGGGCCUCAGAGUGGGCAGUUACCAUGUCCACCAGUGACCCAGCCACCUCUACAUCAGACUACACCUCCUGUGUCCACUGCUGCUGGGAUGCCACCUAUCCAGCACCAGACACCAACAGGAAUGACUCCUCCUCAGCCAGCAGCACCCACUCAGCCGUCGACACCGGUCUCAUCUUCAGGACAAACACCAACACCAACCCCGGGUUCUGUUCCAAACGCGACACAGACACAAAGCACACCUACAGGGCAGACUGCCGCACAGGCUCAAGUCACGCCGCAACCUCAGACCCCAGUUCAACCCCAGUCUGUGCCAACCCCACAGCCAUCUCAGCAACAGCCAACAUCUGUGCAGGCACAGCCACCUGGCACUCCACUAUCCCAGGCAGCAGCUAGUAUUGAUAACAGGGUCCCCACCCCUGCCUCAGUUGCUAGUGCUGAUACGAAUUCCCAGCAACUAGGACCAGAUGCACCAAUGCUAGAAAGCAAAUCAGAAGUUAAAACUGAAGAAACUGAGCCAGAGACUAGUGAGACACAAGUGGAAGCUAAGACUGAGGUGGAGGAGGAUUUACAAGGAUCUUCACAAACAAAAGAAGAAACAGAUGGAACAGAACUGAAACAGGAGCCAAUGGAAAUAGAAGAGAAGAAGCCUGAAAUAAAAGUAGAUGUUAAAGAGGAAGAGGAGAGCGGCACUAAUGGAACCACUUCACAAUCCACAUCGCCAUCUCAGCCCCGCAAAAAAAUUUUCAAACCUGAGGAGCUGCGCCAGGCUCUCAUGCCUACCCUCGAAGCUUUGUAUCGGCAAGACCCAGAGUCUCUACCUUUUCGACAGCCUGUGGAUCCCCAGCUUCUAGGGAUUCCGGACUACUUCGACAUUGUGAAGAAUCCUAUGGAUCUAUCAACCAUUAAACGUAAAUUGGAUACUGGGCAGUACCAAGAACCCUGGCAGUAUGUGGAUGAUGUUUGGCUGAUGUUUAACAAUGCCUGGCUCUACAAUCGCAAGACUUCCAGGGUCUACAAGUUUUGCACUAAACUUGCGGAGGUGUUUGAACAAGAAAUUGAUCCUGUUAUGCAAUCACUUGGCUACUGUUGUGGGCGCAAGUAUGAGUUUUCUCCACAGACGUUGUGCUGCUAUGGCAAGCAGCUGUGUACUAUUCCUCGUGAUGCUGCCUACUACAGUUACCAGAAUAGUUCACCCAAAUAUGGCCUUCUUGCUGACAGGUAUCACUUCUGUGAGAAGUGUUUCACUGAAAUUCAGGGGGAGAAUGUCACCCUGGGUGAUGACCCUUCCCAGCCUCAAACAACCAUCUCUAAGGAUCAGUUUGAAAAGAAGAAAAAUGAUACACUAGAUCCAGAGCCGUUUGUUGACUGCAAAGAGUGUGGUCGGAAGAUGCACCAGAUUUGUGUAUUGCAUUAUGAUAUUAUUUGGCCUUCAGGGUUUGUCUGUGAUAAUUGUCUGAAGAAAACUGGUAGAACACGCAAAGAAAACAAAUUCAGUGCUAAAAGGCUACAGACUACGCGUUUAGGAAACCAUUUGGAAGACAGAGUAAACAAAUUCUUGCGGCGACAGAAUCAUCCUGAAGCUGGAGAGGUCUUUGUCAGAGUAGUAGCAAGUUCAGAUAAGACAGUAGAAGUGAAACCAGGAAUGAAAUCGAGAUUCGUGGAUUCUGGUGAGAUGUCGGAAUCUUUCCCUUACCGUACCAAAGCUCUGUUUGCAUUUGAGGAGAUAGAUGGAGUCGACGUGUGCUUCUUUGGCAUGCACGUACAGGAGUAUGGCUCAGAUUGCCCCCCUCCAAAUACAAGGCGUGUGUACAUAUCGUAUCUAGAUAGUAUUCAUUUCUUCCGCCCCCGUUGUCUCCGAACUGCAGUUUAUCAUGAAAUCCUCAUUGGAUAUUUGGAGUACGUGAAGAAACUUGGGUAUGUGACAGGACAUAUCUGGGCCUGUCCCCCAAGUGAAGGAGAUGACUAUAUUUUUCAUUGCCAUCCACCUGAUCAGAAAAUACCCAAACCCAAACGAUUGCAAGAAUGGUAUAAGAAGAUGUUGGACAAGGCAUUUGCUGAGAGAAUCAUUCAUGACUACAAGGACAUCUUCAAACAAGCAACUGAGGACAGGCUGACAAGUGCCAAGGAGCUGCCUUACUUUGAAGGUGAUUUCUGGCCCAAUGUGCUGGAAGAAAGCAUUAAGGAGUUGGAGCAGGAAGAGGAAGAAAGGAAAAAGGAAGAAAGUACUGCGGCUAGUGAAACAACAGAGGGAAGCCAGGGUGACAGCAAAAAUGCCAAGAAGAAGAACAACAAAAAAACCAACAAGAAUAAGAGUAGCAUCAGCAGAGCUAACAAGAAGAAACCCAGCAUGCCAAAUGUGUCCAAUGAUCUGUCUCAGAAGCUGUAUGCCACUAUGGAGAAGCAUAAAGAGGUCUUUUUUGUGAUUCAUUUACAUGCUGGGCCUGUAAUUAACACUCUGCCUCCCAUUGUGGACCCUGAUCCAUUACUUAGCUGUGAUUUGAUGGAUGGGCGAGAUGCCUUCCUCACCUUAGCCAGAGAUAAGCACUGGGAGUUCUCCUCACUGCGCCGAUCCAAGUGGUCCACGCUCUGCAUGCUGGUAGAACUGCAUACUCAAGGGCAGGAUCGCUUUGUCUAUACAUGCAAUGAGUGCAAACAUCAUGUGGAAACAAGGUGGCAUUGCACUGUCUGUGAGGACUAUGACCUCUGCAUUAACUGCUACAACACUAAGAGUCAUGACCACAAGAUGGUUAAGUGGGGCCUGGGUCUGGAUGAUGAGAGCAACAGCCAAGGAGAGCAGCAGUCAAAGAGCCCCCAGGAGUCGCGACGACUGAGCAUCCAGCGCUGCAUUCAGUCCCUUGUCCAUGCCUGUCAGUGUCGCAAUGCAAACUGCUCAUUGCCAUCCUGCCAGAAGAUGAAACGGGUUGUCCAGCACACCAAGGGCUGCAAGCGCAAGACCAACGGUGGCUGUCCGGUGUGCAAACAGCUCAUAGCUCUUUGCUGCUACCAUGCCAAACACUGCCAAGAGAACAAAUGCCCUGUGCCAUUCUGUCUCAAUAUCAAACACAAGCUUCGGCAGCAGCAGAUCCAGCAUCGCCUGCAGCAGGCUCAACUCAUGCGCAGAAGGAUGGCUACCAUGAACACCCGAAACGUGCCUCAGCAAAGUUUGCCUUCUCCUACCUCAGCAACGCCUGGUACCCCUACACAGCAGCCAAGUACACCGCAAACACCGCAGCCUCCUCCCCAGCCCCAGCCUUCCCCUGUAAGUAUGUCACCGGCUGGCUUUCCCAGUGUGUCGAGAACUCAGCCCCCUACUACUGUUUCAACAGGAAAACCUGCAAACGCAGUAUCUGCACCUCCACCUCCGGCUCAGCCUCCACCAGCCGCAGUGGAAGCGGCUCGGCAGAUCGAGAGAGAAGCUGCCCAACAGCAGCAGCAGCUCUACAGGGUCAACAACAUUAACAAUGGUUUGCCUCCUGGUCGCCCAGGGCUAGUAAACCCGACAGUGGGUUCAGUGAACCAGAUGCAGCAAGUCAGCAUGAAUGUACCCCGGCCCAACCCUGUAAGUGGUCCAGUGAUGUCCAACAUGCAGCCUGGACAGUGGCAGUCACCUCCAAUGCCACAGCAGCAACCAAUGCAGCCAGGAAUGGCAAGGCCCGUUAUGCCAAUGGCAACACCACAGGCAGUGGCUGGGCCACGGAUGCCGGGUGUGCAGCAGCCGCCCCGGAGCAUCCCCCCGAAUGCACUUCAGGACUUACUGAGGACCUUGAAAUCACCAAGUUCUCCACAGCAGCAGCAGCAGGUUCUUAAUAUCCUUAAGUCCAACCCUCAGCUUAUGGCAGCUUUUAUAAAGCAAAGAACAGCCAAAUACGUGGCAAACCAGCCUGGGAUGCAGCCGCAAGCAGGCAUACAGCCCCAGCCUGGGAUGCAGCAGCCGCAGACCGGCAUGCAGCAGCCAGGCAUGCACGCGCAAGCAGGAUUGCAGAACAUGAACGCGAUGCAAGCGGGAGUGCAGAGACCGAGUGUUCCUCCCCAGCAGCAAGGGAUAGGAGCUAUGAAUCCCCAGGGGCAAGCGAUCAACAUUAUGAACCCUGGCCACAACCCAAGCAUGGCAAACAUGAGUCCGCAGUACAGAGAGAUACUGAGGCGGCAGUUAUUGCAGCAGCAGCAACAGCAGCAGCAGCAGCAAGGAGGGGCUGGCAUGGCAGGAGGGAUGGCAGGCCAUAACCAGUUCCAGCAGCCUCAAGGACCGGGAGGUUACCCUCAAGCCAUGCAGCAGCAGCGGAUGCAGCAGCAUAUAUCGAUACAGGGGGGUUCCAUGGGACAGAUGGCUCAGAUGGGACAGCUGAACCAGAUGGGCCAGCCCGGCAUGGGGGCGGACGGCACACCCAACAUCCAGCAAGCACUGCAGCAGCGGAUCCUGCAACAGCAGCAGAUGAAGCAGCAGAUAGGGUCCCCCGGGCAGCCUAACCCCAUGAGCCCGCAGCAGCACAUGCUCUCAGGACAACCGCAGGCGUCUCAUCUCCCUGGCCAGCAGAUCGCCACCUCCCUCAGCAACCAGGUGCGGUCCCCAGCACCCGUUCAGUCUCCCCGUCCCCAGUCCCAGCCACCACAUUCCAGCCCGUCACCCAGGAUACAGCCCCAACCGUCACCUCACCACGUCUCUCCCCAGACUGGUUCCCCCCACCCAGGACUCGCAGUUACUAUGGCUAGCUCCAUGGAUCAGGGACACUUGGGCAACCCAGAACAGAGUGCAAUGCUUCCACAACUAAACACCCCGAACAGGAGUGCGUUGUCUAACGAAUUGUCUCUGGUCGGUGACACCACUGGGGACACACUAGAAAAAUUUGUGGAGGGUUUGUAGCAUUAUGGGAGCAUCACUUUUUUUUGUUUCGUUUUUUGUUUUUCCUUUCGUGUUCUUGGACAUUUUGUACUGAAAAUUCAGACAUCUGGGUUGUUUUGAAUCCUGGAUGGAACUGCUGCUUCCUACACAUGGAAGAAGGAAUUGCUGUUUAAAAAAAAAAAAAAAAAGAGAAAAAAACAAUACAAAGAAUAUAUUUUUUUGUUAAAGCCAGGCGGUUAAAAUAUCUGGUCUCUUUUGUGGGUUUUUUUGGUUUUUAUUUUUUUGUUGCUGUUGACUCAUACCUUUUUUUUAAUGGGGAAAACAAGUUCAUUAUAUUCAUAUUUUUUAUUUGUAUUUUCAAGACUUUAAACAUUUGCGUUUAAAAGAAGAAAAAAAAAAUAAUAUUCAGAAACUGUUUCCUGAAAUAAUGCAACAUUAUAAUGUAUCCCGGUAACUUUGACACGUUGUGGGAAGAUUUUUGUUUUUCUAUAGCGAACUCUGCAGGCAUUUGAAGUAUUACCCCUGGGAAGAUAGGAAUGGACUCUUGCACACAAAACCACACAUUGGCCAAUGCCAAAAUCCUUGUCUUGCAGAUGUAGAAAUUGUUGCUUUGUUUCUCUGAUAAAACUGGUUUUAGAUGAAAAUAGGGAUGAUCACUCUUAGACCGUGCUGAUUUGAAUAGAGAAGAAGCAUUCUUUUCUUUCUUUCUUCUGUGUGAAACUUGAAAUGAGGAAAAGCAAUUCUAGUGUAAAUCAUGCAAGCGCUAUAAUUACUAUAAACAAGAAAAUCCAAGAAGAUUCAAUCACUGUAUAGAAUGGUAAAAAAAAAAAAAAAAAGAAAAAAAAAAAAAACCACGACAAAAAAACUCAUUUCUUACUUAUAAUAUCAUAUUGUUAAAUAAACUGUGUGCAACAGACAAAAAGGGUGGUCCUUCUUGAGUUCAUGUACAUGGUAUUAACACUUAGUGUUUGGGUUUUUUGUUAUGAAAAUGCUGUUUUCAACAUUGUAUUUGGACUAUGCAUGUCUUUUUUCCAUUGUAUAUAAAGUAUUGCUUAAAAUUGAUAUAAAUUACUGAAGUUUUUAACAUGUAUUCUGUUCUUUAAAAUCCAUGUAAGAAUGUUUAAGGUUUUUAUUUAUUUAUAUAUUUUUUGGAUCAUGUUCUUUGUAAGACAUAGCUAUGAAUAUUCACUCAUUACACAGAGCAGCCAGAGGCAGCGGUAGGAGUGGCACGAUCCAUGGAGUAUUGUAGGUAGCAUGUCUGUUUUACAACACCCUUUAGUGAUUGUUUCCUUUUCGGGGAGGGAGAGGAGCGGGAAAUGGUUCCCAUCCAUUGACUAUUUGCAGGUGUUCAUCCAUAAGGGUUAACUGGAAUAAAUUAUUAAUAGCCGUUGCUUUUUAAAAACUGCAUUAAUUUAGAGAAGGAUCACCAAUGAAAGGAAAAUAGAGAGUAUUGAGUUAAUUCUAGGCUAAUUUAUUUAGUCUACAGUAAAAUAUGAACCUAUUGACUUUAACACUAUUUUUCUGCUGUUAACUCUGAGUCUAGAUUUGAGGGUUUUCUGUGGAAUAAAAAAUAACAAAUCA